AGUCAUAAUAAUAUCUUUCUUUCUUUCCCUCAAACCCUCUCCUCAAGAUUCUUCCUGAAACCAUCAGAUUAACUUUUGUAGGGUUUUUCUUUUCCGAUUUCAUGUACCCUCCUAAUUCCUCUAAGUCCACCGCUCCAGACGGCGGCGACGCCUACAGAAAUCAAUAUGACUCAGCCGCCGGAGCCACCCGUGAUUUCUCCUCUCUUGCCCCUCAAAGCCACCAUUCUUCACCGCCGCAGCGGCAGCAGCACAAUCCCAACCUCCUCGUCGUCGGCCAUUACUUAUCUGGCGAACCAUCUUCCAUCGGAUUCGAUUCCGGUGCUUCUUCUUCUUCUUUGUUCCGACACAGAAGCUCUCCGGCCGGAUUCUACGACCAACAUCUUCCCACUGAUCCCAACGGUUUUUCUCUAGGACAGCCAAACAGAGGUUACAGCGGCGGCGGAGGAGGAGAGAGAGCGCCGUCGAGGUUGAAGUCGGAGCUGAGAUUCUCUGGCGGCAGUAGUAGUCAUCAAGAACAUAAGUCUCUACCGCGAAUUUUGGAGGCUGAAGCGGCUGCGGCGGCUAUAAACGGUGUCGCAUCGAGUAGUAUGAGUUUUGGAAAUCAUAAUCAUAAUAACAAUUGGGACAACUCGUCUUCUCAUAUCAGUUUCACCAUUGAUCAACCCGGAAAACGGUCCAAGAACUCCGACUUUUUCACGUUAGAAACUCAGUUUAGCAUGCCGCAAACAUCUCUGGAAAUGGCGAGAAUGGAGAACUUGAUGAACAUCCCAGAGGACUCGGUUCCUUGUAAGGCUAGGGCCAAGCGCGGCUUCGCGACUCACCCACGCAGCAUCGCUGAAAGGGAGAGAAGAACGAGAAUAAGCGGGAAGCUGAAGAAGCUACAAGAACUUGUGCCUAAUAUGGAUAAGCAAACGAGCUACGCAGAUAUGUUGGAUUUGGCUGUUGAGCAUAUCAAAGGUCUUCAACACCAAGUAGAGUCACUGGAAAAGGGAAUGGAGAAAUGUACUUGUGGGGCAUGCAAGAAACGAUGAUGAAUUGAUGCGUUAUGUUUCCAAAUAUGAUGCAAUAAAGUAAUAGAAGAACCAAUUCAAAGACAGAUAAAGAAACAUAGCAGGAAGGAGUUAUUUUGGAGGUCUAAUGAAAGUGAUGAUAGGUUAAUUAAGGUUGGGGUUUUGUCACUCUCUCAAAGUCUUGACGUUAAUUAUAACUUAAAAUUCAAUCAUUCGUUUUUUUUUCUUUUUUUUUUCUCAAAGUUGGUUAAUUUAGCUAAUUAGAGCAAAACCCAUUAUUUGAGAUUUGAAAGAGAUGCGCGUUUGUGUGUGUGAAUAGUUCUCAAUCCUACGUACGUUUUGAUCUGUGAAUGAAAAACUCAGAAAAAUAUCAGGA